AUCGUGAUGGUUCGUUAACAAUUAUUACAUCUAAUUCUAAUCGGACGACGCGUCUCGGGUAUCGAAUACUCGGCUGACGAACAAGCUGUGUUCGUAAUUCCCGAAAAGGAAGAUAAUGUGGUAGCGAGUUCGACGUGGACUACACGACCGGAUUACUAAUGGUGAUCGGGUUACGUGCUCUAGCAGUGAUCCUCGAAGGUUGCCCGAGGACACUCUGUAUCCGUGGUUCAGUUUCGACGAGCCGGCGAGUUAUGAAGAGGAUACGCGGCUGAAGACCGAGGACAGGUACGAAGACGACGAGAAGGAGUACGAAGAAAGUCUAGGAAUGUCUUCGGCUUCGGCUAACAAACUGCAGAUUUUGUGGGAUCGUUUCAUACACGCGGAGCCGCAGAGUUACGAGAAAUCAUCCUGGUUGGACCUGUUCCUCGCCGAGCUUCUUUCUCAAGCAAAAGAAGGUCGAGACCUAAAAGAUGUUCUAUCGUUUUGUUCGGUCGGUGGCGGUGGAGUAUCCACUCUUAUAGCCUGCGAGUUGCUCUCGGACGUGCACGAACUUUGCGCGAAGAGGAUCGACGGGGACGAGCUGAUCGGAUUGAGGAAGUACUUGACCCAAGAUCGCGGCUGGCGGUGUCUGGCGGUUUUGCAGCUGCUCGGUGUACGGGGCCUUUCUUGCGGACGCGAACUGGUGGCUCUGCUGGUGGCCCUAUAUCCGGUCGCCCUUCAGGAAGAGAACACCAAGGCCGAUUUCGCGCCUUCGAAGGAAUCCACGCGUUCAUCUGCGCAGGUUUCCACGCCCAAUCCCUAUGUGAGGCUUUACCGCAACGACGACACGGUCGACACCAUAGAUAUCGUGCCGCAGGCGAAACGCAAGGCGACAAAGUCGGCCCGCAGCGGCGGCCACCACGAUGGAAAUGCCUCGACGCGGAGAAGAGCCAGCCGUAGACACAGUAUCGAUACCAAGGUGCCGGUCCACCAUAAGCAAAGAUCGUUCGGUAUGUUCGAAACGCGACGUAACACGCCGGAAAUCGCGAGCAGCGAGUCCGAAUUAUUGACGGGCGCCGUGGAUCAGGCGCGGUCGCUCACGCUCAAGAUCCGCCUGAACCCGAUGGACUUCGAGUACUUCACGUCCGUCGUCAGAAGCGACGAGGAACAGAAAUGGCAAGCGGCGCUUUACGAGCUCCCUGCACGACCGGCCAAAAAAACGCCGACGGAUUACACGGACGAAAGAAUCAAAGAUGUUCUGGAUGCCAGGAUCAGCAACUUCGAGGCCAGUCUGUUGAUCAUCCAGCUGCUUCAGGGGCUCAGAGAAUACGAUACGCCCGCUGAACAGACACCGGCCGUGCAGGUCCUCAAGUUCGCUUUGGACGCGUUGUGGUCCCUUCAGUUUGACGGCGUAGGUUUGGCCGGCACGGAGUGCGCCACAUUGAAAGCAGCGGCUGCAAGACUGAUGCUGACAGCGUUGGAGCGAGUGGUAAGAGCGAACGAACCAACCACGGCCGUCAUUCACAACGGUUUACUACCCAUGACGUUGAGAUUGCUCGAGGACGCCUGCAGCAAACCGGUGAACGUGUUCUCGCCAGAAGAGGGCUCGUUGCUGCAGGAGUUCAUUUACGGUACCAUUUACGGGAUCGUCACUUUCCUUUACUGCCUGUUGCACCAGCAAGGAGCCGCCGUCGAGAAGUUGUCCGACUUUCUGGAGCUGUUCCAGCUGUUCACAGAGAGCCAGGACGGCAAGCUCGCGGAGAGAACGUUUCUCGCGAUCAUCGAGCUGCCCAGCGUCGAUCCAGCGAGGUCGAUCGUGCGCGCGAGAAAGGUCAUUGAUAUGAUAGGUGCUCUGAUGAGCGGCUUGAAGUCCGCGCGUCGCGAUAUUUCGCACGCAGCUCGUUGCAACCGAACCAAGCACAAAUCUUGCGUCGACGAGGUUCAGGCUCACCAUCAUUCGGACGCGUUUGGGAUGGCUUACGCUACUGGACAAGGGCAAACCGGUGUCGUUACCAAACAGGCGUGCUGCGUUUCCUCUUUGUUCAUGACUCUCGCCAAUCUCCUCCGAGAAUCUUGUAAAUUUGCCAGCGAGAUACGGGUCAGGCUGAUAAAAGUCUGCACGGCGGCGGGCACUUGUUGCUGUUUUCCAGCCGAAGUGCUCAUGUCCAGCGUCGUCGUUCUUCUCAAGAUGCACGAUCCGGCUACCUAUGCUCCGGCCGUAACGCUCCUCGAGCGAACGUUUUUCAAAGAGCUCGGCGCAUAUUCGGAAUCCGAUUUGUGCGAAACCUGCGACAGACCCGCGACCUACAGUUGGGAUUUUCUGGAGUCGUACGCGGAUUUGUUGACCCCGGAAGAACCGAAACUGUGUUACGUCGUGAUGGCUCACCUGCUCAAAAUAGGGUCCGGCUCCAGAUUACACGUUAGGCGAGAACUUCUCUUGAAAGUCUUCUAUCCCACCUUUUUUAAAGCUAAAACCUAUUACGCGAACGACACCGGAAGCGCGAUAGCGAAAUUCCUCGUUCAGUCCUGUCUGGCCGCGAUGUCCUGCCUGAUCGUGAACGCGCACAUAUACGACGCGUUUGCGGAGAUAAAUGGAUUGAAGGAAACGCUGGCGUUGCUCUCGAACACAACUUUUGCCAGAAGCGUGUACGCGUUACUCGAGGUCUCCGUUGUCAUCGAGAUCUGGAAAACAAAUUCCAGCAAGUUCGAUGCCCAGGACGCGGAGAGACCCGCGCUCAAAUCUUUGUUCGACUCUCUCGAAAAGGAAACGACCAAGUUGUUGCGCGCUAUAGACGGUAUAGCUGAUAACUUUGGCGAAGAACGAGGAAGUUCACGGAAGCACAACGAUUUAGAACGAACAACGAUAGAUAAUCUACAAGAGCGUAGCGAAACGGUGGACUCCAAGAGCAAUAAAAAUUUCUACCUGCCGGAAGUAUUCGAUAAUUCCGAAAGCGUCGUGACGUCUCUGGAAACCGAUAGCGACAUAGACGCGAAUAAGAAGAUGAAUUUGCACCAAGCGAGCGCCGCCUGGAGAGCCGCAGCCGGGGUAGCUCUGAGCAGCCCAACGUUUCGCUCAGAAUUAUCGUCGCAUUCUGUAUCCAACAUAUCUUUGCAACUUUUCAAAACGUUGGCCGUGUAUAUCUCUACGGACACUAUUCUCGGUACCAAUAAAUCAGCGCACAGACUCUUCGAAGCUUUACUCACGUGCUGCUUAACGUCUCCAUUGUGUGACUGUGAUAUAAUCAUGGAGCUGGGAAGAGCACUGAUGGACGCGGGUAUAAAGCUGGGCCGUGGACUGGCCGUGAUCGUGGAAGCUCUGUUGAAAGUCUCUAUGUUAAAACCGGCGCAAGAGGAAACCAUUCCGCAGUAUACUCGACCCAGAUUACCGACCAUGACGUUGGACACGAUGCCGGACUGUGCAGCGGACGACAGCAGCGCAGGCGAAUACGUAACUGCUGACGAUGGCUACGAGGCAGACGUCGAAGUACCAGGCAAAAGUCCUCGCAGCAACAUUGUGAAAAGAAGCAAUUCUCUGGGACCGGUAGUCGAACCAAGAGGUCACGCGAACGCUCACCCAGCCUUGUGCUCGUUGGCGAUAGAUCUGUUGAUCCAUUUCAGCGAACAAGGUUUGGACGCCGACAGAGGAUCCAUCGUGACCACCGGUUUAAGAAAAGUUGCAGUUACAUGCAGGGAAAGCGCCUCGACUUGCGCCGCGUUAGCAGGUUCCGGUGUGAUCACGAAAAUACUGAACGGGUUCAGGGAUAUAUUCGCUAGCAGAGAUGCUCAAUAUCGAGAUUUUCGACACGCUGUUCUAGAAAUGUUCACCCUGCUAGCGACACAAUCUAUUUCGCCGUCGGAAUUAGUCAUGUACCUGUCUCUGUUUAAAAUCGAUGCACCUCCGCUUUUGUCGCUGCUGGAACCACUUUAUCAUCUCGUACUCGCUGCACGACCCCAGCCCAAUUUUAUUAUGUCGUUUCCCGUGCUUCCCGGACCACCGAAGGUACCGCCGAAAACUCGAGCGGAGGAAUUCAAGAACUUGGAAAAAGCUGAGAAUCUAGUGAACAACUUCCGGAAAAGACACCUUGCAACCGGUAUUUGUAGCCCGUGGUCUGUCCACGCAACGUGUCUGCCAGUUGGUUCGGAAUUGAGCUGGCCGGUUUGGUUACACGGCUCUUCUGUUUCCAUGUGGCUGAGGGUUGAAAGAGGAUCGUCUGUUACCAGCAAAGGAACAGUCCUCGGUGCAUCACCGUUGCUCGAUUCGGAUAACGACAGCUUGUCAGACUGGUGUAUUCUGUCCGAUAACUGGAGUCGCGAAGUCAUAGCAGGUUCGACGUCUCCGCCCACGCCAUCAUCGAUCAUUCAUUUGUUGUCUAUCGGGCUCGAGUCUUUGGUUCUUGAAACCUGGUUGGACCUCAGAUCAGACAAGCUGAUCUUACGGUUAACGCGGCCAGACGACAAAACGAAUCGAACGGUAUCCGAAACGUCGAUAACCGAUAUGCUUCCUUCUGGCCGAUGGCAUCAUUUGGCAUUGAACUUCAAGGAUACCGUUUUAAAGAAACGCAGCGCCGUGGUCGAGGUUGUCCUUUGGGUGGACGGCUGGAAAGAAAUCACUGCGAUAUUACCAUUCGACGGCCUGUUGGUGAGAAAGCCUGGAACCACGUGUGUAUUAUUAGGACAGGUGGGCUCAUCGAGUAGUAUCGGUGCCUGGUAUCUCGGGAACUUAAUGGUAUUCAGAUGCCCAGUAUUUACGAAAGAGAGAGCACUAUACCUGGCGAGUCUCGGACCUAAUUACACUAAUCUCGCGGAAUGUAUUUUAAACACGGACAAGCCAGAUUUUGCACCAUUAAUCGCAUCCGGAGCGUUGGAGGGUAUACGAGAAGUACGAUUCGAGGGUGGAAAAUUUGAUACGAACCGGAGGAAGUCGUACGGCGGAACGUAUUUAAGACACGCCGUAGAGACCAAAGUGUCCGACGCUAAAAUCGAUUGGGACGCGGUGAUGGAUGCUACGAAUUCACACCUGAGCGAACUGCAAAAUAAUUUGCUCCUAAGUUACGAGGCACAGAAUCCUAAUAUCGUUCAUUUGUAUCCCCAGGCUAUCGCGAAUCCGGCUGCCGUGGUAAGAAAUAUGUUUCCGGGUCAACCAGGUUUUAGGGUUGUCUCCGCACCGGAGCACAGAGUCACGCAGCAACCUCCUAUGUCGGUAGCUCCGAUAUUGUCCGUUCGUUUGGACUGCCAACAGUACAGAGGACUGAUACCCGCUGCGACCUUGAUCGGCGGGGUGCCCAUAUUUCUAUACCUAUUCGCAAGGGUAGUCGAAUUGAACUCCACCGAGGAAGAGCAAGCGUUAGCUCUUUCGAUAGUUCUGCACUUAAUACGGAGCGAUUCGGAACUAUUAAAUCAGUAUCGAUCAGAGGGCGGAAUCGCAUUAAUCCUACGCGUUUUAGAAUCGUCGCGAUGUCACGCAGGUAGACAUAUACUAAAAGCGAUCUUAGACGCGGCUUGCGACAGUUCGAUCCUGAUAAAAGAUAUCGGCAGCGGGAAUCAUUUGGUAUCGCAGAAUUGCGAGGCUGUCAUUACGGAUCCUGAACUGAUCAAAGGCGCGCUUACCGCGUGGAGAACGUGGGCUAAAUACGACACGUUGAAUUUGUUGUUGCAAACGUUGUUAUUGCUAUUAAGGGACCAACAUUCGCAGCGCGAAUUUAACGCCGCUCAACUGAACAGAGCAGAAAUCGUCAACACGAUUCUGACAUUGUGCAAGGAGCAUUUCAUGUACGAGGAAUUAGGUGCUGUGCUUGAUUCUUCGACGGGAACAGCCGUGGUCGAGUUAAUAAGGGCAUUGAUGGGUGCUCCUCCAGAGUUUGCUCAUCUUGUGGCAAUCACUGAUUAUCUGGUUCUCGUACAUCAAGCGUCGGAAACGUACAUCACGCAUUCGAAGCACAAUAUAUAUUUUUUAUUACCGUCUCUUGGGGAGAAAAAGGUCGUGAAGAUUAACUCCAUGGCAACGAUCAGUUCUUCGGAGGAAUCAGUAGGAACAUUGGAAAAUAGUAAAUUGAGCAAAGGUUUAACGAACAUGCAGAUUCAAAGAAAUAAAAUGUCAAAGAGAAAAGAGCGUCGAAACAGUCCGAUUCAAGAUACCAGCGCCGGGGAAGAUUCUGGAAUUGCGGCUAGCGAUGGAUCGAAUCCUCUCAGUAACGAAAAGCAAUGCACGUGGAUGGAUGAAAGAAGGGCCUGCCAAGGUCUGGUUUGCGAAGGUCUUUUGUUGUUGCUUCGGGAUGCUGUCAGAGUAUUACCCGAUAGUCAAGUUGGAUUGGUAUUGAAACACGUUUUAAGAGCUGAACUUUUACUUGUAUUGGCGAACAAUCCCGACGCCAGAGUCCGUACCGCGUUAAUUAAAGUCGUGCAAACGUAUUUGCAACGCGCCAGCGACGAAGAAGUGAACAAAUUUAUAAAGCAAAAGUACUUUAUGCAUCUGGCGAAUCAAAUAGCAUUGUAUCCCGGAAGUGAACCGCUCGUAGUCGCUUUAGAAAAUCUUGCUUUGAGAGGACCGACGCUAGCUGCGAUGCCACCGUUAAUGGCCAUGAUUGCAAAAGCAGCAGCCACCGAGCCAAACGUGGCUGUGCCAAUAGUGUCAUUUAUCACCGACAUAAUCGCAAAGAAUCCCAAUGCUUUGAGGAUGCUUUUGGAGCAAGGGUUGAUCGAGUCGCUGGUUCAAGCAUUAGUCGGUGGUGCUCACAAAGGCGGUUCUGCCUCCCUCUAUCGAGAUAUCCAUGUGCUACUCGUAGCUAUCGCCACGAAACUCUUAGAAUCUCUAGGAAACCAUCAAAUGCAAGCUAUCCUAGAUAUGCAUUUGAUACUGAAUCACGUGGAAUUAAAAGAAAAAUCUGACUGUACCAAAAACAGAGCUUGCGUGUCCGUCAUAAGGAACGCGCAAGUUUCCCUCUUCGACGGCGAACUCGAUGUGCUCGCGGCGAAAGUCUCCAAUCAAUCGGGUUUCCGGUUACGUAGUACGGCAUCGUACCUCGCUUCAGCGUAUCACAUAACCUCGGUCUUCACAACCUCCAGCGAUCAAAGCGACCAUGGCUCUCGAUCAUCCAGCUUCACGAGCCUUCACGCGCCAACUGUUGCAACGUUACGCGAACCAGGGAAAGGAGAACUACUCGAACGGUUCCGCAUUAUUCUAACGCGUGCCGUAGACUUUAUAACGUCAGCCGAUGAACCGCCGUCAGGGAACGAGCUACAACUGACCAAAAGAUUAUUCUCAAUUCUGUUGCACGGUCUUUGCAAUCCGCUGGAAAAGAAAAAUCAUUGGAGCAGCGGAUGGUUGACGAGACACGCUCUCAGAAAAUACACGGCAAAGAUAAUGAUGUGGUUGCUCGGACCGCAUCAGAGCAACAAUACCAGGAUUUUUGCCAUCAGGUCGCUGAUGGAAGAGCCGAAAGCUGAUAAAAUAUUAUCUUCGAUUCUGGAAGUUCAUCCGCAAGUAGAACAAAAGUUUACCGUGUUCUUUUGGGAUCUCUUGCAGAAACGAGUGGAGAUGCCUAGCGCCGAUGCGAGAUUGUGCGCUGAGCUGAGAGAAGCGCUGAAUGUGUGGGACUUGGCGAAAGGUAUAGAUCAAGCUAGAUCAAUCGGGGUAUGGAACGAAGAGCUGGCAUUGUUGAAACGCGAAUUGAUGAGAGAUCGCGACAUAUGGAUCGAUAAUAAUCUUCCGGCUAUUCAAAGGAUCGGCAACAGAUUCGACGUUCUCUCUAAGCAAUUAACAGAAAGUGCCAUGACUAUAACGCAGACGGUUGUGGAGGAGCAGAAUCAAGAACGCAAAGUAUUAAUGGAAAGACUGAAACACUCGAGGGCGAUGGAGGCUCAAGCAAUCGCUAAAUGGAGGGAUUUGGCACGACGUUUAACGCACGAGAGAGCGCCCUGGCAUUUCCCGAAAAGUUACCCGAGAAGUUGGGAGUUGGAUCCAACGGAAGGGCCUGCGAGAGUCAGAAUACGAUUACAACGAUGUCACUUGAACAUCGAUAAGAGAUUCUUUAUGGCGGAUUGUCAAAAUAAAUUGGAUGCAGCGGAAAUCGAGGGACCGUUGUCUUAUUUGUUCAUGACCAAUCGGCAAGAUACAAAUGCCACAGCCUUGAUCGAGCGAUUGCAUACCAGCGAGAGAAUACGUAAAAUGUCUCAAGCCAAGGUGGUUACGCCCAGAGCUGAACUAGCCGGUGAAGUUCUUAUCGGUGAAACCUGCCUAUACUUUGUACCUGACAAUCCGGACGUACCAUUGCACACGGACAUAGCAUUGGGCGGACUGGAUUUGGCUAUGGUGGGCGGAACAGCGUGGCGUCUCGAUGAUAUUCGGGAAUUGCACAAAAGGAGGUACCAAUUGCAAGAGAGAGCCAUCGAAAUAUUUUUAAUUACGGGAAGAACUUAUUUAUUGGCGUUUAACUCGUCCAAGGAGAGAGACGAAUUCGUAACAGAAUUGUCUGCUUGCAAUUUACCGAGACGAGUGCCGGGUGAUGAUUUGAGCGAAGCCAUCAUGUUAUGGCGAAGCGGGGCUUUAACAAAUUGGGAAUACAUAACUUGCUUGAACAAAUUAGCCGGCCGUUCGUACAACGAUUUGAUGCAGUACCCUGUGUUUCCGUUUGUCUUGGCAGAUUACACCAGUGAAAAAAUCGAUCUGAACAAUCCGCAGAUUUAUCGAAAUUUCAAACGCCCUAUGGCUGUACAGGAUAAAAAGAAUGAACAGCACUACAUAAACAAUUAUAACUACCUUAAACAAGCUUUGUCGGAAGGACUGAAUUUAAUCGCUUUGAAUCAAGAGCCGUUUCACUACGGGUCGCAUUACAGUAAUUCUGGAACGGUGUUGCAUUUUUUGGUACGAUUACCACCGUUCACCAGCAUGUUUCUGUGUUAUCAAGACGAUAAUUUUGAUAUUCCCGAUCGAACGUUCCACGCGCUGGCUACAACAUGGCGGCUAACCAGCUGCGACUCGACGACAGACGUGAAAGAAUUAAUUCCCGAAUUUUUCUAUUUGCCUGAAUUUUUACUGAACUCCGAAGGAUUUAAUUUCGGUGUACGGCAAAACGGCAAUCGAGUAGGAAACGUUGAAUUGCCAAAAUGGUGCGGAGGUGACGCAAGACUGUUCAUUCUUGCUCAUAGAGCAGCGUUAGAGGCAGAUCUCGUCAGGGAAGUUCUGCCAUAUUGGAUCGAUCUGGUGUUUGGAUUUAGACAAACGGGAAGGCCCGCGGUAGAAGCCAUAAAUGUUUUUCAUCCAGCCACCUACUAUGGUUUUAACGUGGAACAAAUCGCGGAUCCUUUGGAACGUCAAGCUUGGGAAACAAUGGUACGAACGUAUGGCCAAACACCGGCUCAAUUAUUUAGAGCUGCUCAUCCGCUGCAGAUCCAAAACUUUGGCAACAUGUCACAUUCCUCGUUACCGCAAGUCAUCGAUGGUGUGGACGGGAUAAAAUGGGGAAACUAUGUUGGCGCGCCUGGAAACGAACCUGUUUUAUGUUGGAAACACAAAUACAGGGCACCAUUGACAUGCUUGAUUCCCUUAAUAACUGGUGAUGUUUUUGGAUUACCCAACUACACUACUCUAUUGCUCGGCUACACAAAAGAGAAGGGCGCGAGUAUGUUAAGUGGAACAUCUGUAUUGGGAGCUGCUCUGGUGUCGUGGGGAGGUACAGAUGGAAUUGCAAGAUUGAAAUGUAAAAAAGAACAACCGCCCAGACCGUUGAUUAAAUCUUCGGGUUUGGAUCCAAUUACUAUUUUAGGUUCGUCUCCAGAUUGUGGACAACUCUGGGCAGGCCACUUAUCUGGUAGAAUCACAGUGUAUGCGUACACCGUUGUAACGAGCAAAAUUGAUUUCAAUUCAGUACCGGCAUGCGUGCUUCUAGCUCAUAGAAGUAGAAUAACGAUAAUAUCUCUUUCACGGGCAUUUAGUAUAGCCGUUACGGGCGAUUCAAAUGGCAAUAUCGUUAUUUGGGAUUUAAACAGUUUAACGUACGUAAGAUCGAUAUCCUGUGAUCAGAAUUAUCCUAUUCGUUUACUAGCGAUCAGCGAAACUCUCGGAGAUAUUGCGGUUACUUACGACACUUCCAAGACGAUCGAAAACACGUCAUCAUCCAGUCAGUCUGAACUUAAAGUAUUUACCAUAAAUGCAAGGGCGGUUGGAUCUGUUCUAUCUAAGAGAAGAAUAACAGCUCUUUGUUAUGGGAAUGCGCCCGAAGGAGUUUCCGUAAACGUUAUUGCAACAGGAUUAGAUAAUGGAGUUAUAAGAUUGUGGAGCAGUUGGGAUUUAAGAUUAGUUAGAGAAAUUGUAAUUGGUACUAAAGGGUGUGGAGCAGUGAUUGCAAUCGCAUGGGCACUCGAUCAACAUCAUCUCUAUGCAGUUACCGAAGAUUUUACCGUCCUUAUAUGGGAAGGAUCAAAACGUUUGAGCAACGGUACACCAAAAUUCGUUAACUUAACAUCGCUCUAAUGUAAAUAAACG